AUGGAUCAACAUAAAAAUAUUUUAUUUAAAAGAAUAGAGGAAAUAUCAACCAGAGAAUUAUAUCAUUUACAAACUAAAGUUAAAAUAAUAAAAUUAUUAGAAGAAUUAACACAAGAAGAUGUUAAAGAAAUUGUCAAAAAUAAAAUAUUUAAUGAAUUAAAAUCCCCAAGAGAUUUAUUAAACCAUAAAAAAACCCAUAGUUUUAUUAAAUCUUCAAAUGAAGGAGUAUUUAUACCCAUAAAAAGAAAUAUUGAAAGGAUUAAUUUAAUAAAAUUAGAUAUAUUAAAUUUACAAUUUUAUAAUACUAUUAUUGAUAACAACAAUAACAACAACAACAACAACGACAACGACAACGACAACAACAACAACAACCAAAAUAAUAAUAAUAAUAAUAAUAAUAAUAAUAAUAAUAAUAAAAAUAAUGGAUUAAAUGAUAAUCAACAAAAUAAAGAAAAUGAUGAUUUCGAAAAUGAUCAAAUUGAUAGUAAUAAUAAUAAUAAUAAUAAUAAUAAUAAUAAUAAUAAAAAUAAUGGAUUAAAUGAUAAUCAACAAAAUAAAGAAAAUGAUGAUUUCGAAAAUGAUCAAAUUGAUAGUAAUAAUAAUAAUAAUAAUAAUAAUAAUAAUAAUAAUAAUAAUAAUAAUAAUAAUAACAAUGUAUUAAAUGAUAGUCAACAAAAUAAAGAAAAUGAUGAUGAUGGUAGAGAUUACAAUCCUAUAUAUGUUGAUUAUAAUGACUUCGAAAAUGAUCUAAUUGAUAGAAAUAAUAAUAAUAAUAAUAAUAAUAAUAAUAAUAAUAAUAAUAAUAAUAAUAAUAAUAAUAAUAAUAAUAAUAAUAAUAAUAAUAAUAAUAAUAAUUAUAUUGAUAAAUCAAAAAUUGAAGAAAGACCAAUAGCAGAUGAUCUUUUUCAAAUUCAAUCAUUUUUACAUCCAUCCAUUGAUGAUACUAUUCAACAUAAUCAUAAAUCUGAUAGUGAAGUUUCAACACCAUCAAUAUGUUCUAUAUCACCAUUACAACCAAUUACAACUCAUCAACUACAACAUAAUAAAAUAAAUAAAUCAAUUGAUAACAGUUUCAACUUUGGAAAUGAUAAUAAUAAUAAUAUUAGUAAUAAUAAGUUAACAAAUGUUAGUGAAAUAAAAAAUAAAAUAAUAGAAAUCUUAGAUUAUUAUAUUAAAUCUCACGAACAAUUCAUUCAAGAGUUUAUAAGAUUAGCUCAUGAUCCAAAUAAAAAUCCAGACUCUCUAUUUGAAGAGUUUCCAGUAAUACUUGGUGAAGAUUUGGUUUUUAGAGAAUUAAAUUCAUUAAAAAAAGGCUAUGAAAUUUCUUCAUAUGAUACAAGAGUGCAUAGAUUUGUUCAUUUUAAUAAAACUGGUGUAAAUAAAGGUAGAACAGUGAAUAAUGUUUACUUUAAAAAUGGUGACUCUGGUUUAUUAAAUCCAGCAAAAGAGGAUGCGGUUUAUCAAAUUUAUAAAUUAAUAUUCCCAACAUUUUUUCAUGAACUAAUUGCACCCACACAAUUUUUAAGAGUUGUAGAUUUACCAAUAAUGCCAGAUAUAGGUGAAAAAAAUACAAAUGGAAUUUUUCCAAAAAGAGAAUAUAACAAAGUUAUGGGUUCUAUGAACCCAACAGAAGUCUAUGAAAUUGAUCCUCAAUUUCAAAAAAAAGUGGAAUCAGAAAUUUUAAAAAAGAGUCAAGUAAAUCUUCAAGCAUCUUUAAUAAUUAAAGGUGAAACACUAGAGUCAUUUUUACAAAAACAUUCAGACCCAAACAAUCAAUAUGGAAUUGAAAACUUAGAUAUUAAAAGUUAUAGUGCUCAUAUAUUAUCAAGUCUAUUAAUUAUCCCAACAGAUUGUAAACCUGAUAACUUAAUAGUAAAUGAAUUAAAUAAAUUGGUUGUAAUUGACAACGAUAGAGCAUUUGAAUGUGGUGAAAUUAAAAAACAUGGAAGUUCCGAAGAUAUUAUUGGUGCAAAAAAUAUAUUGUAUAUAUUAAAGCCAUUAAUGAAUAGACAAAUUGAUAAAGAAGUAAUACAAGAGUUCAUUGGGCAUCAUCCAAAUGAAUUACUUUUAAAAUGGUUAUUAUCAUUACAUGAAAAAGAAAAUUUAUAUGAUUCAUUAAUUAAAUUUUCCACCGAUUUUGUUUCUCAAGAUGAAAAACAUACUAAGAAUACUAUAAAUUUACCACUUAAAUUUCAUAAAGGUUGGAUAACAUCAAUGUUGGAUAGAUUUAAAUUAAUUAAUAAAACAUUAAAAGAAUCAAAUUUUAAAAUAUCACAUCAACAGUUAUUUAAAGUUGUUCAUCCAUUAGCAAGUUUAUUUUAUAAAUUUGCAUCAAAAGAAAUUGGUGGAGAUCCACUUGAUCAAAUUUAUCAUAUCUAUGAUUAUAGUGAAAUAGAAACAAAAAAAAAAAUUAAUUUAGAAUUUAAAUAUUUACUAAAAAAAUAUUCAAAUUUACCACAUGAAUUAGAAAAACUUAAUUCAAUUCGACCUCUUUCGAAACCAGAUUUAACAAUAGUUGAAACAAUUAAAGAAUUAUUAUUAGUUUCAAAAGUAAAACAUUUUGAUUGUCCUAUUAAAUUUUUAAAAUUAAUUUUACAAUUUAUAAAUAAUUUCAAUUGUAAUAAUAAUAAUAAUGAUAAUAAUAAUAGAGAAACAUUCAUAUUUCAUGAAUCAUGGGUUGAAUCAAAUUAUAUGAUUUUAAUAAAAUUAUUUCAAAGUGAUAUCUCAACAGAAUUAAUUGAAACAUUUAUAAAAAACACAUCAAUUACAAUUGAAAAUAUAAAAACAAAUUCUUCAAUUUUACAUACAGCAAUAAAAUCAAAAAAUGAUAAUUUAUGUAAUCAAAUUCAAUUUUUAGUAGAGUUUGGAGAAGAUAUUAAUAGAAUUCAUGAUAAUUUAACACCAUUAGAUUUAGCUGUACAAGCGAAACAAUUUCAAACAUUUGUUAAAAUAAUAGAAUUGGGUGGUGGUUUAAAUGCAAACAAUGAAAACAUUAAAAAUUAUUAUAGUACUUUGACACAUGAUCAAAAAUGUCAAUUAAAGCCAUUAAUUGAAAAUCAAUUAUUUCACGUUAAUCCAAAUUUAAUAUGGGAACUAUCAUUAGAUUAUCUAUUACCAAUUAUUAAUGAUGAAGAAAUUUAUAAUAAUAAUAAUAAAAUAAUUUUUGGUUUAGUAAAUAAAAGAAAAAUUUCAGAAACUAUUUGGAAUACAUUAUUUGAUUCAAAAGGUUUGCCAAAUAAACCAAUUGAGCGUGGAAAGAGAUCAGUCAUAUUAAUUGAAAAUAAAGAAUAUGGAUUAGGAAUUUAUUUUAAAUUUAAACCACAAUUUCCAGGUAUUGAAUAUGCAGUUGGAAAAUUAUCAGAGAAAUUGUUUGGAUCAUUUUCACAUAAUAUCGAAUUGGUAUAUAUAAAUAAAGAAUCAGUAUUACUAUCUCAAAAAGUUUAUGGUGAACCAAUAAUAUCAACAUUAAAAAAUGAUCCAACAAUUUUAAAAACAAUUGAUAAAUCAAAUUUAUCAAAACAAAUUGUAUUUGCAAUUUUAAUUAAUAAUGCAGAUGGAAAUUUAGGAAAUUUUAUAAUAUCACCAACAACAAAUCCAAAUUGUAAUAGAUUGAUUUCAAUUGAUAAUGAUCAAUCAUUUGUACCGGCAGCUUAUUCAACUGGUGGUUUUUUACUUAGUAAAGUUAUAUUAAGAAUUCAAAAUGUAUUAUUUUUAUUAGAUGAAAUGUUUGAACCAAUACAUCAAGAUGUAAUCAAUUCAAUUAUUAAUAUUGAUAUAGAUAAAUUAUUUAAAGAUUGGGUGAACAUAUUAAUGAGUCAUCAUAAUGAUACAAUACAUCAUUUGAAAUGUAUGAAAUAUGAUAUACAUGAAGAUUCAAUAAUUGGUAUACCAUUUAGUACCGAUAGUAUGAAAUCAUUAUUUACAAAGAUAACUAGAAUUCAAAGACAAUUUAUAAAAGGUAAAUCAAUGACUCAUUUAGAAUUAUUAACUCUAUUAGAACCAUUGAUUGCAAUUAGAUAUACACCCUUUCUUUUAAAUAAAAAAAUUUCAACCUUUGAUAAAUUCACCAACCUUAUGAGUAUCACUGAAAAAGAUAUAAAUAAAUUAUUAAUUGCCUCAUCUUGCACAAUUAAUGAUUCACAAAUGAUCUUGGUUACAAGAGACAUACAAAAUCCAAAAACCCUACAAAAAGAAUUAUUCCAUGGUAAAUAUAGACCAGAGAUAGCAUUCAAAGAAAUGAAACAACAUUUUUCAAACAUUGAUGAAGUAUUGGAACAAUUGAAAAUGAAUAAACAAGCAAACAUUACAAUUACAGAUCAUCAACUCGAAGAUUUAUUAAAAGAAACAGAUUUUAGCAAAUAUGAUAUAAAUCAAGAAAAGCUAUUAUUUGAAUUGAUAAAACAAUCACAGAUUAAAUACGUUUAUUUAAAGAAUUGUUCAAGUAUUGAUUCAAAAACUUUUGGGGAAUUUAAAAUCAAUUUAAUUACAAAGAUGGAUUUAUCAGGUUGUUCAAAUUUAAUAUAUUUUGGUUAUUAUAUAUUUUUAAGUAGUAGUAUUAUAACUUUACCAUCAUUAACUCAUUUCAAAGCUAGUGGUUGUAAUAAAUUAAGUCAAAUUGUUAUUGAAUCACCUCAUUUAAGAAUUUUAGAUUUAUCAGAUUGUCCAUUAUUACAAGAUUUUCUAACCUAUAGAGCAACAGGUUUACAAUCAUUGAAUUUAAAUGGUUCAAUUAAUAAUUCAAAAGUUUUAGAUAAUAUAAAUAGUUAUACAGAAUUAACUUAUUUAAACAUUUCAAGAAUCAUUGGUGAUGUUAAUGUUUCAGAAUUACAUUUCCUUUUCAAAGAAUUACAACGUUUAGUUGCAAAAGAAAUAAAAUCUUUGAAACUUGUUUAUUUAGUUCUUCCAAAUAUUAAAAAAAUAGAUUUUGAACAUUGUAAUGAUUUGGAAACAAUUUUUAAUUCUAGAAAAAACUUUCACCAAGAACAACAUAUUGAAAUUUGUGUUCAUAAUUCCGAAAAGGUUAAAAUUAAAAAAGAAUUAAAACCAAUGUAUCAUUAUUCAAUAGAUAAAUUAUUAAUUCAUUCAAUUCAAGAUUUAAAUGAUAUUAAACAAUAUAAUUAUGAUUUAUUAAAUGGUAAAAAUUAUUAUUUAAAAUUUAGGUCAGAUAAUAUUUCAAAACGUGAAACUAUAUUAAAAUUUAGUAAUGAUUUUGAUUUUAAAGUUUUAUACACUAUGAUACCAGAUGAUAUUAAAAAUUUAUGUUUAGGUAAUAUUAAAAUUCCAUUUCAUUUACAAUCAAUACCAGAUUCUGUAAAGAUGAUAACUUUUGAUGAUGGUUAUAGCCAUAGGAUCAGUCCUUUAAAUAUUCCAACUAAAAUUAAAACUUUAUGUUUUGGUAAUGUUACAUUUCGUAUUGAUCCUAAGUCAAUACCAUCAACGGUUACAGAAUUAAGAUUUUGUAAAGGAUUUAAUCAUGUUAUUGUACCAAUUUUCAUACCAAAAUCAGUUAUAACAAUGUAUUUGGGUGAAAUCGAUUAUCCAUUAAAAAGGUAUUCAAUCCCUCAAUCUAUAAAAACUGUAUGGUUUUAUGAAUUUUAUCAUCCAAUUAACAAAGAUGUAAUACCAAUCACAGUUGAAAAAAUGAUAAUUUGUAGUAUAAAAUCAAAAUUAGUAAAUGGUUCAAUACCAUCAACUAUAAAGGAAUUAAGACUAUGUAAUGGUUUUAAUAUUAAUUUAACUCAUGGUAUAAUACCAAAUACUUUAGAGAGAUUAUAUAUUGGCAAAAUUACAUAUCCAUUAUCAAGAAGUUCUUUACCUUUAGUUAAAGAAUUAAUAUUUUAUAAUAAUUUCAACCAUAUAUUAACAUCAGAUUUAAUACCAGAUUCAGUUAAAAAACUUAGUUUUGAUAAAAUUGAAAAUGCAUUAAGUGAAAAUGUAAUCCCAUCAAAUGUUAAAGUUUUAUAUUUUACUAGAGGUUAUAAACAUCCAAUAUCUUCAAAAAUAAUUCCAAAUAAUACUGAAACAUUAAUUAUUGGCGAUAUUAAAUAUCCAAUGGACCAUGAUGCAAUUCCUUCAACUUUAAAACAUUUAAUAUUAACAAAUGGAUUUCAUAAAACUAAUAUCACAUUGGAAAUGAUACCUAAAACUAUUAAAAAGUUAACGCUUGGUAAAAUCAAUGACCCAAUUAAAAUAAAACAAAUACCAACCUCUGUAAAAUGUUUAGCAUUAGGAGAAUUUAAUGAAACUAUAUCAAGAAUGAUACCAAAAACAGUUGAAUCAUUAUUUUUUGCUAAUAUUACUUAUCCCUUCACAUCGAAUUUAAUACCAUCAAAUAUUAGUACUUUAGGUUUUUAUGGUGGAUUUAAUCAUGAAAUUAAAUUCAAAAUGAUACCAAACACAAUUAAUUCACUUUAUUUUGGUAAUUCAAAUCGAGUGGCUGAAAGAGAUUCAAUUCCUACAAAUAUUAAAAAUUUAGAAUUCAAUGAAAUGUUUGCAUUUAAAAUUACAAAUAAUUUAAUUCCAAUUACCAUUGAACAAUUAACAUUGGGUGAAAUUAAAUAUCCACUUGAAGUCAAUUCAAUACCAUCAAAUGUAACAACGUUAAUUCUUGGUGAUGGUUUUAAUCAUGAAAUUAAAUCAUUAAAUAUAAUUCCAAACACUAUUGAAACUUUAAAAUUAGAAGAUAUCGAAUAUCCAUUACAUUUAAAUUUACUUGAUUUAAAAAUAAAGAAUUUAAUAAUAACUCGAGGUUAUAAAUUUUAUGUUGAUCCAAAUGAAAUACCUGAAACUGUUGAAAAACUUUAUUUAGGUAAAAUUAAACAACCAAUAAAAGCAGAUUCAAUACCACCAACUGUUAAAGAAUUAAUUUUAUGUGAUGGAUUCAAUCAUAAAAUAACACCAGAUUUAAUUCCAAAAACAAUUGAAACUAUAUCAAUUGGUUUCAUUAUUUAUCCAUCAUCAAUUUAUUCAAUACCAAACACUGUAAAAUUAUUAAAUAUUGGUAUGGGAUUCCCUCUUGAAAUCAAUGCAGAAGAUUUUCCAAAAUCAACUAAAUUAAAUUUUAAGAAUUCAUCAAUUAAUACUAAAAUUCUUUAA